AUGCAAACAAGUAAUUCGAAAGUCAAUCUUUUGACGGUCUCGGAUAUCAUUGCUGCGCUGCAGAUCAUCGUGGGUGCCAAAGUUUUAGACACUCCUCUGCGAAUAACAACUAUUCGCAUCAGCUAUGUUCACAACCUGAGGUACUCGACCUUGAAACCCCGUACUCCCGAACCACAUUCCCUAAUCCCAAUCACUGCAAUUGAGCUCAAAGAUCAGAGCAUCCGUGCCAUUAUCACCGAACGCCAACUAGGGUAUAGCACGGGUAUGGGCCACACCGCGGGUAUGGGGGUCACGGGUAUGGCGGGUACGGGUACGGUGUAG